UUACAAAUUAUUAACAAAAACAUAAGCGCCUGGUUGGCACAAAAAAAUAUAGACAACCUGCAACAUGAGUAAUCUGAAGCAGGAUCUGGACGAGUAUCUGCUGCUGCAGAGCGACCAAAAGAAGAAUUUCAAUGUGAAACUGCCACAGAUUAAGGUGCCCUCAAUCUUUUCGCGCAACACAGAGCCGGAGGCGAACAGCUGGCUAAAGGAAACGCAGGAUACUUGUUGUCCACAGCUUUCACGACUGCAGCGCAUCAUUGGAUUCAUUGCCUGCCUGGGCAUUGCCGUGUUCUUUAUGUCUCUGUCUACAUUAUACAUCCCCGUGCUCAUGCUGAAGCCCAAGUUCGCGCUUCUUUUCACCCUUGGCAGUCUGUUCUUUAUACUUAGCCUGUGCUUUCUGGUUGGCUUUCAGGCAUUCUUUAAGCAAAUGUUCUCCAAGCCGCGUCUGUUGACAUCCAUCUCCUACAGCGUAUGCCUUAGUCUGACGCUCUACUUUGCGCUGGUGGUUAAGAGCACCGCGUUGACUGUACUCUGCUCUGUGGCACAAAUUAUAACGUUGCUUUUCAUGCUGCUCGGCAUGGUGCCCGGCGGCGCCACGGGACUCAAGUUCUUUGGCCAACUCUUCAAGAGCAGCGUUUCUGCGUCCACAAGUGUAUUGCCUGUUUAGGUUCUAAGUUUAAAUUCCAUAUUUAUUAAGCGUUGAAAAUAAAAACUUAUUUGUGA